ACAAAGACGCCCCCUUUAGGGUUUUAGCUGCCACAUCCAUAUCCUCCUCUUCCCGAAGAGUGUGCGAGAGAGAGAGGGAGUGAGCAAACAUGCCGGCUGGUCACGGUCUUCGUUCUCGGACCCGAGAUCUGUUCGCUAGGCCCUUCAGGAAGAAGGGGUACAUACCUCUCACGACCUACUUGAGAACCUUCAAGAUCGGUGAAUACGUCGACAUCAAGGUCAACGGCGCCAUCCACAAGGGAAUGCCUCACAAGUUCUACCACGGCCGCACUGGCCAAGUCUGGAACGUUACCAAGCGCGCCAUCGGCGUCGAGAUCAACAAGCAGGUGGGUAACAGAAUAAUCAGGAAGAGAAUUCACGUGCGUGUGGAGCAUGUGCAACCUUCAAGGUGCACUGAGGAUUUCCGUCUGAGGAAACUGAAGAAUGAUGAACUGAAGGCUGAGGCAAAGGCCAAAGGUGAGGUCAUUAGCACAAAGAGGCAGCCAAAGGGCCCUAAACCGGGUUUUAUGGUGGAAGGUGCAACAUUGGAGACUGUGACUCCCAUUCCUUACGAUGUCGUCAAUGAUCUCAAGGGUGGUUACUAGGUCUUUGCUAUUGUUGUUUGGAGAAUCUUAUUUGGAUUUGUGUUUUUUUGUUAGUGUCAUAACUUUGGGAAAGGUACUCUGAGUCCUAGUUUAUUUUCAUUUGUUAUCAAAUACAUGGAUGUUUUCUAUGCAAUAUUAAAAUUUUGAUUGAA